CCUAUCAAAUAUAAUUUUAAUAUAAUCGAAACACCUCCUGAGUCAAAACAAUUAGUUCAUGUCGAUACUUAUUAUUUAAAAAAAGAAGUAUUUCUGACCACAAUUGAUAAGUUCACGAAACAUUUGUAUAUUGCUAAAUUAAAUGAUAGAAAUAAUGUAACAUUAGUUCAGGCCCUAAGACAAAGAAAUUCAUUAUUUGGUAAGCCUUUAAAAUAUAUUUUUGACAAUGAGUUUGAUAAUUUAAACAUUAAAGAUUUUUGUAGACUUGAAAAUAUUGAAGUUCACUUCACUUCGCCUAGAAGUCAUACAGGAAAUUCAGAUGUAUAAAGGGCUCAAGGAACUAUUAUUGAACAUAUUAGAAUAUUAUCUUUAACGGAACCAAAUUUAGAUACAGAAACUAAAAUUCUAAAAGCUGUAGAAGCUUAUAAUAAUUCUAUUCAUUCGGUAACUAAAAUUAAACCAAUAGAUUUUAUUAAUAAUAGAAUUUCAAAUCUUCAAGAAAUUAAAGAUAGGUUACAUCAAAAUAAAGAAAAAAUUAUUACAAAAUUAAAUAAAGAUAGAAUACAAUUCGAAAUUCCAAAUGAAUCGGAAAUAUUAAUAAAAAACCAGGCUAUAGUUCGUCAUAAAGAACACCCUCGCUACAAGAAAAUUAAAGUGAAAAAAUACACAAAUAAAAUCACUGAUAUUAACAAUAAAAACUUAGACCCUACCAGAAUUAAAAGAAAGUAUAAAUUCUUUUCAGGUAAUCCAUCAAAUUAAAGUCAUCUUUAGAAUACUUUUCCAACUUACUAUAAUCGCCUCCAUGGUUUUACCCAGUAGUACUGCAAUUAUCACAUUAGAAAAGCUCUGAACAAAACACUCAUAAUUUUAAUAACAAAUUAUGGUGCCAAUUCCCAUAGUCACGUCACGGGGUUGUCACCGUGACAGUUAAAAUUUGCUGUUCUUGUAGUCACGCUCGUGACAACCCUCACGAAAAUCUAGUGACAGUCAUCACGCAGUUUUUAUUCGUGAGAGUUGUGUGUUUUUUUUAAUUAAGGAAAUUUUGUAUUUUUUUUAGAAAAGAAAAUGAGUAAAAAUAAGAAUAUAAAAAUUAUAAACAGAAAACAAUUUGAAUGUUUGGUUGCAUGUAUGGCAGAAAACGUUUACUUGGCUAGAAAUGUUAUGCCAAAUAAAGACGAUUAUAGGAAAAUUUGGAAAAGUAUUUCAGAUAAGUUUAACAGCUUAGGACCACCCAUAAAAACAAUGUCGGAGUGGCAGAAGGUAUGGACAGAUAUGAAAUUAAAAGUAAGGAAAAAAAUAGGUGUCAAUAAAAAAGAAUUGAAGGCAACCGGGGGUGGACUGAAUAAAUUAUAUGAAUUCACUUCUUUAGAAGAAGAAAUUGUAAGAAUCUUGCAACUGGAUAAAGUAGCAAAUUCAGGUGGAGAAAUUUUUGGUCUAGAAGAGGACGUACAACGAGAUAUCUCAUCUGGAAUGGUCACAGAAAUAAUUGACAUUUCUAGCAGCAACAAUGAGGGUUUAUUUGAAAUGUUGGAAGACCAAAUGUUAUAAAAUGUAACAGCCAAUGUCUUAACUGAAGUUGAAGAUUAUAACAACAAAAGCAAUAAAAAGAUUAAUGAUGAUAAAAAAAAAAACACUUUUAACGAAAAUUUAAAAAAAAAAACCAUUCACAACAUCAAAAUUGAAAAUUGCAAACAAAGAAGCUGUUGAUGAAAGAAUGGUUGUCAUAAACAAACAAACGGACAUUCUUAAAUCAAUAUCUUCAAAAAUGGAUGAAUGUGUACGUUAAAGAAAAAGAAAUCCAACUAAAAGAAAAAGAAAUCCAACUAAAAGAAAAAGAAAUUCAACUAAAAGAAAAAGAAAUUCAACUAAAAGAAAAGGAUUUAAAAUUAAAGGAACGUGAAGUAAGACUGAGGGAAGAGAAAUUAGGACUGCAAGAAAAUAAAAAAUUUGAAAAACCUCAUUUUGAAAACGGAAUAUUUAACCUAAAAGCAAAAUUAGAUUUUGAAAAAGGAAUUUAAAACAAUUUUUAUUUUAUAAUUCUUUUUUGCAUACAUGUGUAAGUAAAAUGAAGUACAAAAUUUAUUCGUUCGUUUUAU